AUGAUCACAACAGGAAUAAUUUUAAGGAAGAAAGCCCAGGCAGAUGUAUUAAUACACAUUAAUUUACAGAUUAAUUCUUGUGAUCAGAAUCUGAACCGAUGCUGUGAAAUAAUAGAAUUGAACUCUGAGAUUCAAGGGCAGCUCUUCACAAUCCUCAAUGAAACAUCUCGGGAAGGUGGGCAUUAUGCAGGUGUGGAAACAAUAAAAACUCGUCUCCUGCCAUGGCUAGGGACUUGUUUUUCCUGUACUUCUUCAGGAAGGCUUGUUGAAACCAACCUCUCUCUCACUCAGGAUUCAAUUGAGAAAGAAAGGCAGCUGAGAGACCUGGCCAACAAUCAGACUUUUCAACUGCAAGAGCUGCAGGAAGAACUGACUUCAACUCGUCUACAGCUCAACCAUAUGCAAGAAGAUCUGGCAAGAACCCAGUUGGCUCUUGAAGACACAAAGACCAAAUCAGCCAGUACUCUUUUGGCAGCAGAAGAUGAAAUUGUUCAGCUAAAAGCAGCUCUGAAGACUUCCCGUGCCCAAGAGAAGGACGCCCUGAGGAAAUUAGAUCGUCUGAAUUACUAUGAGCAGCAAAUUCAAAUACUGCGGGAUGAGAUUUCUAUCCUGGAUGCCCAAAAAUCUGUGCUCCAGAGCAGGCUUGCACGGAGCCGCUCUCCUUCCCCGAGACACAGUGAGCGGAAGCCACCAAGUCCACUUCUUCUGCGGAGCUGCUCCCCUGGCCGAGCCAGACGUACAAACGCUUCACGGCGCGCUGGCCUGGUAGCUCGCUUUGGUGACUUGUAUGCUAGAGAACGCUUGGAUGCAGAGACUUUUUUGAAGACAUACAUCAGUGACACAGAGACGGUGCAGAGGAUUAUAUACAUUGCAGCUGUGGAGUCUUUUCACGCAGCAAAGAUGGCCUACAGGCAGUUCAAAAUACGUGUAAGAGAGACUCUGUCUAUAGGUCACUCAGGGCCUGAGUCACUUGAAGACACUGUCCUGGAUUAUAUAGUUCGUCAUGAGGAUCUGUAUGACGUUCAAGCCAGUGUCAAUGAAGUAGUUCGAGCCAUGAACAUCAACCCGAAGAUUUCAUUUCCACCAGAAAUUGAUUUCAUUGUGAUCAGCACUUUGAUUCGAGAGUUGUGCCGUGUUGCUUUUUCAAUGCAGACACUCAUUCCUCCUCUUGAUAUUGCCUUUGGUACUGAUGGAGAACUUUACAGUGAGACCAAGUACCAUCGUAGUUUUGACUCUGAUUUCACAGCUGCCCUGGUGGCCUAUCAUGUGUGGCCUGCUCUGAUGGAAAAUGAUGUUGUAAUUGUGAAGGGAGAGGCUGUUACAAAAAGAGGAGCUCUGUGGUCUUCCAGGAGUAGGAGUAGAAGCAGAAGCCGAAGCCGUAGCACCAGUCCUCUUCUAUCUCGUCAU